AUGCACGAUGAUUCAGAUAAUCAGCUUAGCGAGACCUUGAUCGAGCCUACAAACUCGGCUAUCUCCACCCCUGGAUCUGAUCGUCAUUCAGUAGAUGAUGAUUCUUCCAACCAGCAAGGUGCCGGGAGCGACAAGCCCAACCCGCCGAAUCCAUCUGUCCCCCUGCAACGUUCGGUGUACAUCGUGUUCUUGACUCUGUUGUACGGAGCCGCAGCAUUAUACGCUUGGAUCAUUAUCUGUAUCCUCACCGAACUCGAUCGUAUUCUCAGUGGCCCUCAUCUGGGCACCACCACCGUACCCGAGUACCUCGGCGCAUUAUUCGCCAAGAGCGAGAGAUAUCUCAGCAGGGCGAGAACUGUCCAGUCGUUGGUGUCCGUGCUCACCAUCCCCUUGACUUCCGCCGUGUGCUCGCAAGCAGCCGUGGCGUAUAUCCAGCGGAAGCGAGGGGCCCAGCGCCCGACCCUCAGGCAAAGCAUGGCCCUGGCGGACAAGGGAUGGACCGACCUUGUACUUUUGAAGAAUCUCGUCUUUGGGGGAUGGAAUAAGUACAGGUCCUCGCUGCUACUCUUUGCCUUGUUUCUGCAUGUCAUAGGCGCUGCCAUAUCUCCGGUACAGCAGAUCUUUCUCUCGUGCAAGACGAUCAAGCGUGUCGGAGCCACUCUGGCAUCGACGGUCAAUACGGUGGUUCAGCCGAGACUCUGGUCCACAGCCAAUGGCACUAUCUCCCUUGGUGAUAAGAGUUAUUACACGUAUUCGGCAUUACAGACAAAAUCCCAAAACACCCUCGCCAAUAUAUCCACUAUCACUGAUCCAUUCUGGGCCGAGCUCCCCACCAGUACCAACACUGGUUUAAUUCAGCAGUUCGCUCCUCGAAUCAACUCGACGCCCAUAUGGGAGAACAAUUCAGCUGCUGUACUUCCCGAAGACUGCAAGUCAUCAUCUGACGCCUUCUAUCUUCACUACAAAUAUGGACAACACAAUGACGCCCCAUUUCAAUACGACAUUGAGAUAUGUAUUCCGGGAAACAUGUCACAAUCGCCGUGGAGAAACCAGUUGUCCCGACAAGAUUUCAGCGAAGAGCUGUAUUUCCAUAUGAACUUUUCGGGAGACGGGGGGAUGCUUAACUAUGUGCCUAGAUUAGGAACACAUUCGAGGAAGCUGACCCUCCACACCACGACGGACUACUUCGAGCUACCCAACUACGCAAAUGGCCAAGUCCCUGGGCCAUUGAUUGAAGAAAGCCCUUUUGGCAGGAGCCCGCGGGAUUUCACACCUCGGGAUCUAGCUAAUAAUACAGCAUGGACUACGCUCGACGCUACCUUGAAUGUGAUCAAUGUUAACAAUAAAGGUCCCCUUCUUUACAUCGCCAUGGCACUGUUUGGCGAAGGCUCUUUUGCUGGCGUGCAACACACAGUCUUGGCAGCAUAUGCCAACUCCGGCAUCAGCUACGGUGGAUGUAUUGACACCAUCCCUUUUAUUCCACUUCUCGAUGACCCCCACUCCUCCUUUAAGUCAUCGCCAGGUAACCCUUGUCUAACGGGUAGUGGUCUAAUGGGUAAUGGUACCCGUGAUCGUGUAUACGACGACGACAGGAUGCAUGCAAUUGUUGCGGGGUACUUUUUUCUUUUCUCUGGGGACCCUACCUAUGGGCCAACCUCAGAACGAAUACAGAAUGCGUUCGCCUCGGCGGCGUUUCUAGCCAACGACAUGUUCAUGACGAACAACUACCAUGAGCAGAGUAUCGACGUAUCAUACGAUAUGGGCGCCGAUGUACAAAUCCCGCACAUCUCCCGUGCGAGAAUUAUCUUCGUCUCGGUAUUAUUAGGUCUUGAUUUGGCAUGUCUUCUGGCAUUGUCUCUUUAUACCGCGUGGAUUCCUCGAAGGACUGGGACUCUCGACUCCUUUGCGAUGCUGCGGAUCGGGCCCUCUAUCUCCGAAAGAGUUCCUUUACUGGCUGCGCAAGAUGUCGGCCGCAUCAAGAUCCUCGACGAGACUCCUGGGUGGAUGGGGAACGCAUCCGAUGCCGAGAUAGGGGAACUGUGCUUAGGCGGGCAACGGCCACUCGAGAAGACGCGGCGUUACCGCUGUUAUGACACCGAUCAUGCGGCUCAAGCCAUAGCGACGAGGAAGCCCUCGGGACUGAUCAGACGAGAGAGCUAUUGCUUGGCUUCGGGAGAGAAUACGUAG